AUGUUAAGUAAAGAGGAGGAAGAAAUAAAUAAAGUACGAUUUGAAAAUUAUAUUAAAAAAUUAAUUGAUAAUGGAUUUUUUAAAUGUGGAAUAAUCGAUAUUGAUAGUGGUGAUAUGAUAUGUAUUAGUGAAGAAUUUAAUGUUUGUUAUGUAGAAUAUCAAGAGAUUUUAAAUUUAUUUAAUGGCUCUUCAUCAAUUAGUUUAUUAAUAAAUGGUGAUAGAUAUUAUGUUAAUACUUCAGAUGAUAUUAGAAUUCAAGGUAAAACAACUUUAAAAUCAAGUGGUAAUACUUCGACUAUAAAUGGUUUACAAUCUUUAAUUAUAAGAAGAACUAAAGGAAAAUGUGUAAUAGGUGUUUAUAAAGAAAAUCAAACUAAAGAAUUGGCCGAAAAAUACAUUGAAGAAAUUAUAGAUGAUAUAACAAAAUUAAAUGAAAAUGAAAAUAUUUCAAAUUUAAUUGAAGAAUAA